UCACAAGGGGCAGCUGCAGAUAGGACAUCUGCAUGGCCUCUCCCAGCCCUGCUCUGCUUGCAUCUCUGUGUGUCUCCAGGAAGGCUGUGGGGAGCAGUGUGUUGCAAUGCAGGUGAACGAUAAACACUGCUCCCCCACCUUGGCUGAAGAUGUUAUCUUGCAGGACACUGUCCACUUGCUCAGAUAUGAGCUGCCUUUGGUAAAUCUGUGCUGCUUUUCCCAAUCCCUUGCUUUGUUUGUGUGGUAGUAGUUUCCAGACUCGCUCUGUUGCUUUCCUGGGGUCUGAAGGGCGAUCUGGUGGGGACUGAGACCUGGGGGAUCCGGAGGAGCUCUGCACCCCUGCACAGCAGCAGUGCACAGCCUCGAUGGGGCAAAGCACAGAACCCCAGAGCAGUGCAGGGCAGCUGCAGAGCCACAACUGCUGCCCUCCGGCUCCAGCACAGCUGCUGCUCUGUGCCAACUGGUGCUGUGCCAACCGCUCUUUGUUUGAAGAUGCUGAGACAUGUCAGGUUGGCAUUUCUUGGCUGUAGGAAUGGCAUCUAAAUGUUGCCACCUUUAAUCUACAAAAUUCCCAAGCUGGGAAGUCGUGAACAUUACUGAGCUGUCUCUCAGCUUAGUGUGGAACAUUGGGUGCCCUGCUGCCUUGCAAGGAGCUUUUUGCAAGGGAGUGAGGAACUUGUGCAGGAAUAAAGAACAUCCCCAGUAGAAAUGCUGCACACUGCCUAAGCUUAAAAAUAACCAAUGACCAAAAACCACCUUAACCUUCAGGUUAAGUAAUGCCAGGCCAUCCUCAGAAAUAGUGCUUAGGAAAGCAGACCCACCAGCCUGCAUCUACUGGUUUGCAUGGACAUCAAUACCAAUUGAUCCCAUACACCAGCACUGAGAAUGGUGGAAUGUCAGCAGUGUGUCUCUAUAUGGCACUCUGCAAUCUGCUUUCUAACACAGUACUGCUGCAUUUUGCAGUCAUGGACAAUGUGAAAUAGUGUGAUUGUCUGAAUUUAUUGGUAUUGCAGUUCAUCCUUUGUGACCCUGACGUAACCAUGGAAACAGAAGCAUCCGAGUGAGUCUGCACUAUGCUGACAGCCCAUGGGACAUUGCUGAUGUCUGUGCUCUGGUUAUCCAGUUGGUCGUUGUGGGUCAGACAAAUUGAGUAGGAAAUAAAAAUCAAUUCUGCACAUGAAGCACACAGUACUGAUGAGUAGGAAUGAAAAGGUCUUGGGAGAACGUUUCCCUGAUCAAAGGAAUUUUAGGGAGUUUGACCCUGAGCUUAGAAAACGCCAUUUAGUAGUUAGUGAAACAUAGAAUUAUUUUAAAGCAAAACCAACUACAGUAAAAGUGAGUGGAACAGCCCAGGGAGGCUGUGGAUGCCCCAUCCCUGGAGGCAUUCAAGGCCAGGCUGGAUGUGGCUCUGGGCAGCCUGGUCUGAUGGUUGGCGACCUGCAGACAGCAGGGGGUUGGAACUGGAUGAGCACUGUGCUCCUUUGCAACCCAUAGAUGAUUCUAUGAUCUUGACCUGAAAGAAAGCAGUGCUCUGUCCUGGCAGUGCUAAAUGCUGAGUAUUGGUGUGCCAGUCCACGUAAACAGUUAUAGCUGCAAAAUACCUUCACUAAAGCACAGAGCAGCGCAUCACUAGCAUGAAGUUGUCACUGGAUACUUCCAACACUUCCUCUAAUACCUGAGGUUAUCAAACUGAGCUUCAGCAUCUUUGCAAAGCUUGGGAGGCAUCUGUAGACCGCCUGGAUGGAUGAAGAUCCCUCUGAAGCAGCAGCAGGAUGAUGCCUCAGAGCUGCUGCAAGUGCUUACCAGAGAGCACUGGUGGCACAGCCGGAGCAAUCGAGUGCUUCCCUCACUGCCACCGAGCUGUGAAAUCGGACGUGACCUAUUGACUGAUCCUCAGACCGAAAUUAAAAGGUAUCGAUGGGCUCUUCGGGGCUGUUGUAGAGGAAGUGCAUUCAUCCUAUGCAGGACACUUGUAGUGGCGAUGCACUUUAGCAGGGCGCUGAUCAGAGAAACCUAAAGGAGUGCCUAGUGCCACGUCUCGGCCUCGUGUUGGGCCGCUGUGGACCCGGCCAUCCCUGCCUUAUCUCUGCCUGUGCUGGGAAGCUCCGACUCAGCAGAUGUACCUCUUUCCUUUGGAGGAUGAAAGGGAACGUGGUUGGUAGGGAGCUCAAGCUGUGGAUUUCUCAUUUCUAGCCUUUCUUUGAAUGUGGUUUCCCCCUCCCCAUAAAUAUUAAUUUGGUCACCGUUGAGUCGUGCUCGGAGCUGUAGCAGACGGACCAACACAUUGAUUUUCUCCUCCCUCCAUCCCCAGCAAAUACAAAUCCAAGUGUGCAGAGCCUGCAUUCCACCAAUUGCUCGGGUGAUGACAUGAACUGUUCGUAAUGUGAAAUCCAACGCACACGGAUGGAAGAUGUCAGGGGUUGUCACUGGAUACCAUAGAGCUUAAUUUUACACAUUUGCUGUAAAGAAAGUCUUAAAAUGGCACAAUAACCAUGGGAGACUGGAAUUUCCUUGGAGGCAUUCUGGAGGAGGUCCACAUUCACUCCACUAUUAUUGGCAAGAUUUGGCUAACCAUCCUCUUCGUGUUCCGAAUGCUUGUCCUUGGAGUGGCCACCGAGGACGUCUGGAAUGAUGAACAGUCAGAAUUUAUUUGCAACACUGAGCAACCUGGCUGUAGGAACGUGUGCUAUGAUGAGGCCUUUCCCAUCUCUCUCAUAAGAUACUGGGUCUUGCAAGUUAUCUUUGUGUCUUCUCCUUCUUUGGUGUAUAUGGGUCACGCCUUAUACAGACUAAGAGCCUUAGAGAAAGAGAGACAGAAGAAGAAAGCUCAGGUGAGAGUGGAACUUGAAAGCACUGAACUAGAAAUGACAGAAUAUCGGAAAAGGCUGGAGAGGGAACUCCGGCAGCUGGACCAAAGAAAGCUGAACAAAGCACCCCUGCGAGGUUCGUUGCUCUGCACUUACGUGAUACACAUUUUCACUAGGUCUGCAGUGGAAGUCGGUUUCAUGAUUGGGCAAUAUCUGCUUUACGGGUUUCGCCUGGAUCCCCUUUACAAAUGUCAAAGAGAUCCAUGUCCAAACGUAGUCGACUGCUUUGUAUCACGGCCAACAGAAAAGACAGUGUUCAUCCUAUUCAUGCAGUCAAUAGCGACCGUAUCAUUGCUUUUAAAUGUCUUAGAAAUUAUCCACCUCGGAUUCCGAAAAAUUAAAAUAGGUCUCUGUGGGCAGGAGGAAAACAAGGAUUACCGUGGCAAUUUCUACACAAACAAAUCCAAGAAAUACUCUGUGAUACCCCGCUCUUCUCUGGGUAUAUCUGCAACUCCUCAAAAAACUCUCCCUUCUGUACUUAGCGGUUAUGCCUUUUUAAUGGAAAAGCAAACCGACACUGCCAUCUACCCGGUCUUAAAUUCUGCUCCCAUGUUCCCCUCUAUUCAAAAUAACCACACAGAAAAUAGAGGCAAUUACACCCACCACAAUCAGGACAACAAACUGCCGAAGAAAAAGCCAGCUACAGAUGCUUUAGCUGGUCAGACUCAGAAUGCUAGCACAAACUGCACUGAAAGCUUGCUGGGCAGGCCUGGGACUGAAAGGAGGAAUUCCCAGAAAGAAGCUGAUCAGAAACACUUCCUUGCUGGUACUCAGAAUGCAGAUACCGCUUCAAGAAGCUUUGCUGAGAUGCUGUCGCAGCCCCCUCUGCAGCCUUUUCCCGUUGCCAGCCUGAGAAGACAGCACGGAAUCAUCUCCUCCUGGAACUGCUCCGCAGCGGCCGAAAGCGUCGGAUCCUCCACCAAUUCCCUCACAAAGAGCAGCAGCAGGAGACGGAGCAGCCUCAGCGUGAGCCAAGGCCAACUGCCCCCCAAAGCCGACACCCGGCACCCCAGCCGCCCCGACACCCCCGACUCAGCAGGGGAGGCCAGCACGGGUUCCAAGCAGAGCCAGGGCUGCGGCAGCCCCCAGCCACUGCCCUUAUCUGGGCGUCCAUCGCUGUCGAGCAGCGCGAGCAGCCGGCGGGCCCCCACCGACCUGCAGAUAUAGCAUGGCUGCCCAAGCACUGUGCUUGGCUAGCUGCCGGGCUUUGUGAUAGAAGCAAGAGCAGCCACGAGCAGCUUUCUCGUUCAGCUUUAGCCUUCCGCAGAGGUUAAGGUAGAAGUUGUGCAGCCCUUUUGCUUUUAGCUAAAUGACAUCUGAACCAUCUGCUUGCUUCGCUGGCAACAGAGGGAUGGCUUAAACCUCUGUGCCAAGCUUCUGCAUUAACCUUCCAGCUGCAAAGGAAAAUGUACAUCAUAUAAAUCCACAUACAAAUCCACACAUGAGAAGUCAGGAUUAAAAUUAUAGCUGGUGAUAUGUAAGCCGGCUAAAAGUAGAAGACAAAAUUCCAGUCUAUAAAUGUAUUUUAUGAAAACUAGUAAAUGAAAUUAGGUGAAAAAAAAAGGCACUGGGACACCUGAGAGAAAAUAAUUAACAAUAAAUAACAUUCUUAGAACCAGGAAACCAGCACAGGAACCAGGAAACCAGCAUGAUGCUUUCGCUUGCAGCCAUUUGACCGCAUCCACAUCAAGUGUUGGAGUCAUUAAAAUCAUUCUCUGUAGGUGUUUCUCCAGCAGCUGUUGUUUUUAUCUCUGUUCUCAUUCUGUGUGUAUUCAGUUACAGCUCUGGGUAACCGUGGGCGCUGUGGGGUUUGACACCACGG